GUGCCACGCCUCCUUUUUAAAGUCAUACAUUUUUGCACAACUGAACUGACAAAGCGUAAAAUACUUACGUUUUCUUAUGAGAUCAGGCUGGAACAACAAGUUCAAACACUUUUGUUUACAUUAUGUUUUGUCAUCAUUGUUUAACAGUUUAGUAUUUUUAAAAAAGCAUUAUUGAUUUAUAAUAUUUUUUGGAUGCUAAAUGUUUUCAUAUUUGAUGCAUCACAACCUAAUAAGCUGUGAAAACCAAAACACACUGAAAUGCAAUAUCAUUGAAUUAUUGCAACUAAAAAUGUCGGCACAUACCCACAUUUGUUCACUCAAAUGCAAGUCAUGCAAUGCAAAGCAGAAUUUGUGUUUUUGAUUGCAGACUAUAAGCUGAAUGCAUGCGUGUGUGUGUGAGAGAGAGAGGGGAGACGACGAUGGAUUGAGUCUUUAUCCAUGCGUAAGGGCCUGUGUGUCUCUGAAGGACAUAAAACAAAACGCAGCAGUGCCGCUGGGGCCUGUAGUUCGUAAUUGCGCGGCUGGCAUUUUAGCGAUUCCUGCCGCACAGGGGUCAAUUUUUCCCCAGGUCACUGACAGUGACAUCAUCAAACCGCUAUUAACUGGCCAAACAAUUUCGACUGCAUUCAGGCCCAGUAUCGAUAACAGAGCGUAUCAAACACACACGCAACUGGCCAAAAUCUGCCCUCAAUCUAAACCCUUCACCUUAGAGCCCAACAAACACCACUACAUCCCUGCAGACCCAAAAGAGAAAAACACACACACACGGUCCUCUGUAAACAGAGAGAGAGAAAGCAAAGGAAUGGGGAUAUCAGAGGAAGGAGACACACUUCACCGUCUGAAGAUUUCGGAUGAGAGUUCAUGCAGUGGAUCUGGACACUUAAGCCAUGCUGAAAUAUGUAUGAAUGUCUCUGCUUUACAUCGCUGCUUCUCAGCUGCCUUUGCUUUAAGACCCACAUUUUGUGGUCCAGGGCCUGAAGCAAUAAUAUCAAUGAAAACAGAAUGCGGUUCACGCCUCAUGCAGAGAGCCGUACAGUGGAAACAGUAGACAGAGACAUGAAGCGGUGAGGUUUGUCAUGGGUUUGCGACUGCUCUGUCCUGCUCCUACUGGGUGAACUGUUCUCUAUUGACUUACAAGCAGGAGGCAUGUGUCCAAACGCACUGCACUAUUUUUCUGUAAUAAUAGCCAGCAGCCAUGCAGCUAAAUUAUUAAUGGGCACUAUUCAAUACAAACAGGUAGACA